AUGUGUAAACAAUUAAAAAUAUCGAUUUACUUCAAAGUAUUACAUUUAUUGAGUUUCACAUCAGCCGCGUACUUGGAAGCUGAAUCGAAUUAUGUGAAACCGAAGUUGGAGAGAAACAAUAUUGUGAAUAAGGGUUUGUGGAUAAGAAAUAAUAGAGACAGGAAGUACUCGAGUGAUUUUAUAUUCAGAGCCAACUCGCUCGAUGUCGAUAAUGUUCUCCAGAACAAUUACGAUGCGUUUGGACAGAGCAAUGUCGCUAAUUCAGCGUUUUUCUCUGGAUUCAACAUGGAGAGGAGCAAACGUUCGGCGGAUGAAAAUGAAAAUAAAAAAAUCAGAGUAGAAAGUGCAAAUAAUUACAAUAGAUACACCACUCAAAGUAUCAAAACCCAAAAUCAGAUGAAAAAAGAUAACUCUUCGACUAUAAAUUACAACUCAACAACUAAUAUAGUACCAAAACGAAGUAUGAAUCAACGUGAUUAUGAAUCAGAAAAUGAAUUGAUUAAAAAAAUUGAGUUUACUGAAGAUUUCAAUAGCACAAAUGGUAACAUUAACGGUAUGGAUAGAAGUAUUUUUGAUAAGGCAGAUAUGUACCAUAAUGCACGCACACCGAAUAUUAAUGUAUACAAAAUUAUACCGGAAAAAGAAAAAGAUGUAAAAAACAAACCAUUAAAUGAAAGAGGUGUAUUAAAGGUUUUGUCAAUGCUAACAAAGACUUUCAAAAAGGUUAUGAAACAACAUCACGAUAUAAAAAGAAUACAUAACAAGUUAUACGACCUUAAUGAUGAGUUUACUAAAAACGCAGAACAGUUUGCGAGUAAAUUUAAAGACUUUAAUUCGAAGUACUUCUUUAUGGUGAACCUUAAUGAAGAAUUGAAAAGGAUGGAAAUCAAAUUAAAGGAAAAAGACAAAAAACUUAACAACAGAGAAGAAGGUUUGACUAAAAACUUAAAAGAAUUUGAAAACCACCAACGGAAUUUCUUAGAACAGCAGCGACAAUUUUACAACGUGCAGAAAACGAUGCUAGCACAAAACGAAAAGAUAAACUUAAAACAGAAUGCUAUAGCAAAAACUCAAAAUGAGAUAUCUCGGAGACAACAUGAUUUUGCACGAAUCUUAAAAAAAGAUAAACAAGUCUACAUGGAAUCUAGAAAAAUUAGUCCAAUAAAGGUAAAAACUGUUUUAGCUAAACAAAAGAUAAAACCAGAUGAGGGAAAUGUACAGCCUAUAAUAAGUCCCAAUACAAUAUAUACCACUAUAUCACCAUCUCCUACAACUGAAACAGUGAAAAUAAAUUUAUUCUCCAUACCGACUCUAACUCGACUUGAAAAUCAGGACCAAAUGAUUUUAGACGAGAAAGAUAAUCAGCCGGUUGACGAAUUAAUAUACAAAUACUAUUUUAACAACACGUUUAUUGAUGAUAUAAUGAGAAAUAAAAUUUUAGCGACGUUAAUAGCAGCACCUGAAGCUGCAGGCAUAAAUAAAAAUAAAAGAAAUGAAAAUAUUAAACUUGAAACGACACAUCUAAUUGCUGUCAAUAAAACAACCAAUGCCAAGAAAAACCAUAGGAACCGACGUUGGAUCAAGUUUUCUAAGAACAAUCAUAAGAAAUAUGCUAAGGCAUCAACACCGCUUAAUGAAGUACCUGAUGUCAAAACUGAUCAUUCGAAAAUAGACGUUACUAAAAAAGUGGAUCCAUUUAUUACGAUGGCUUUAAGCUUUUGUAAGGAAGUAGGUCAGAAUGUAAAUAUACAGGUACUGAAUUGGUGUGUGGAAAAAGCGUUAAGGAGACUAAAAGUAAUAGGUAAGAAAUGUAUAGAAUUCGCUGAAGUCAUCCCUUUAAAAUUAUAUUGA